AUGACUUCUCUGACAGCACCCAUAUCACUUCAUAGCCUUGUAAAGCUUUGCUGUAAGAGAAAAUCAACUAGCAAAGUUUUUGUUUCGUUGUACUACCAAUUGGAGGAAAAAUCGACUAUUCAAAGUAAUGAUUAUUUGUUGAACUUAUUACAAUCUGAUCCAAAGAUUAAGUCUAAAAAAGAAAGCAACUUGAUAAGAGAAUAUGCCUUGGCGUUAGCAAUAUCUUCUGAAAGCCUGUUAGAGAGAUUCUGGAAAUUUUUACCUGAACUACUUUUGGAAAAUCAAACGCAAUACUUAAUCGAUUUAAACAAUAUUUUGCUAGGAAAGUCAAAUAUAGAAAGACCUUCAAGUGAUAUCUUUAAAGAAAUUUUUAAUAAUUAUUUUUUCAAGUAUACUUCCAAUUAUGUGUCAAGUUUGACUCAAAGCAGUUCUGCUGCUCAACUUUCUUUGUUAAUUCAUAUAAUAGUGGUAUGGUGCUCAGUAAUUAAAAAGGCACCUUUUCACUUAGACACAAGUUCUUUCAAACAAUUAGCCAUAAACAUUGUGUCGUAUUUGACUGAAUUUAACUUACAAAAACUGUUGAAUUAUUUUAUGUCAAAUGCUUCUUCCAUAUUGAAUGCAGAUGACUUGCAAGUUGAUCUGAUUCAAAAUUCAGACAAUACAAAAAAUUCAGCAGUUAGAAGUACCACCACGACACAAUUAGUCAAUAAUAUAUCCUCAAUAAACCCAAAAUCUAGAAAAGCAACUCAAUUAAACAUUAUCAAAAGAUAUCUAUGGUUAAACUCUAUUAUGAAGAAUUGGAAAUUUAGCAACGAAGUAUUCUUGAAACAAUUUGAGCAAAAUUUCUUGCCACAUUCUCUGCACAAUUUAAAAAAGCCUUAUACUCUUGCGUUUGAAUUAAUAAGUGCCUUAUUCAGAGGGAUUGUUGUUUCGAUUCGCUCCAAUGAAUCGAAAUACGUUUUGUUUAACUGGAAAAAUUUUAUUAUCACCAGGCUUCCCAGUUUAUUAAAUAACGUUAAAUUUACACCGCUGCAUAUUACUACUGGGUCAGAGGAUUCCAGCUUUAAACAGGACACUUUGGAAGAUGCAAUUACAAAUGCAUUUAAGUCCUUUGAAGAACCGAUCAACAAAGCUUUAACCCAAUUUAGCAUGGAUAGUUUGUCUACAUGUGACCUUCGUCUGGCAUUUAUAAAGAGUUGUAUAUAUAACAAACUCAUUCUGGCCAGUUAUUAUCACAAAAUAUUCGAAGCUGACAAUGCAGUAACAAUUCAAGGCUUGAAUAAUGGUAUUAAUCAAAUUAAUCAAAUAACAUCAAUAAGAGAUGAGUUCGAAAAAAGAUUAUUGCAGAUUAACACUGAGUUCACAACUUUGGAAGAUUCUGGGCUAAUUGAAUACAUAAAUUCCUUACCGGGGUUACUAGAGUUCCUGGAAAGUAAGCAAUUGGAACUAAGCGAAACAAUCAAUCAG